AUGUCCUCGGAGUCUGAUACCUCCAAGGGUGGGCUGUACAACUUCGAGGCCGAGUCCCUCAGAAGCGCUUGGGAGCUGAUGCCACCCUCGGACUUCGUCCUGGAUCCACCGAUUCCCCGAGCCAAGCGGAACGCCUCCUUCCACCACCCUGGCUGCCUUUUCCAAUGCGUGCACAUGUUUGACAAGGUCCGGCAGUGCUAUCGGUUGGUGCAGAAGUUUGAGACAGAGGCCGGCCAUAGCUUCUCCUGGAUUGUCCGCAGCCGGCCCGAUCUUCUGUGGCACGCCGACAAGACGCAGCUUCCUGCGCUACACCAGCUGCCACACUCGGCUGUGUACUUCGCGGAGCUGGUGAAGGCCCAAGGUGGCAUCUUCCGCGAUCCGGUGCAAAUCGUCCCGCGCAGGUUUGCGGAGGAUAUGUUCGAUCGGCUGUUGGACCAGUGCCUGCUGCGGCAAAGCUUGCGGGAAGACCGCAUAUGGAACUGCGACACCUGGCUUGUCCAGUUCUGCGAAGAGAAGGGUAUUCCCAUGCGACACCUGCGGCUGUAUGCGACCAUCGAGAGGCUUCCGAACAUCGAGGAUGAUUUUCAUACCUACCAUGAUCAAUGGAGCCAGCAUGUCAAGAAUGCCGAGCUUCUGUUUCCCAACUCCACCUUUGUAAUGGGGAAUGAAGAUGAGAAGCACGCGAAUCAAUGGUCGAACACCACGGCAGGUCUGCCCGGAAGGGCCUUUGCAGAUGCAGGUUGCAACUUAGUAGCUGACAGCCAGUACUGCGUGCAUACGAACGCCUACCUUAUCCACCUGCGCUUGGCCAUUUACAUACCAGCGGCGAACAGACUCAGACUGCUGAAGUUUGGACUCUUCCGUACGUACAGCCGAAAUAUUCGGUUCCAAGGCCGGCAUUCGCGAUUCGGCGCCAAUGCCAGUGACUGGUGGCCAUUGCUUACGCUUCCCUACGAUCUGCUGGAAAUGGCAAAGGGUGUCCCUUCGGAGAACGCCGGAAUUUCCUACAACCUCUUCCGCCCGGUCUUGAUGCGAAGAGGCGACUGCAUCUUCUGGACAGCCUGUGCAGAUGACGAGACACUUCAGGCGCCCGAGGCAGUGGAACCUGAGGCUCAGGAGUUGCAAGUAGCCUCGCGAUGUCUGAUGCGUCGUGGGGUGCGGCCGAUAUACACACGCAGUAGCAAGCCGAUCGGCGCCUUUGCGCCGGUGAUCUCCCGGUAUCACAGCGCGGCCUUCACCUUCUUCAAGCAAGUGCCGCCUUUGUGA